ACUGUCACCAUCAGCAGGAUUUCAGAAUAGAAAGCGAAAAACAACUAAACACUGCAAAAGUUGCUGGAAUUUUAGUGGUGACUUGACUUGAUUUUAAAUUGGGACUUAAUUAAAACUUUAAAUUUAAGACUUCAGACUUACUUAUGACUCCCACCUCUGCUAUCAGCUAAUAUUUUGGUCACAAUAGUUUUGUUUUUUUAACCUUCUUUUCACAUAGUUUCUCUUUUGAAGUAAAUAAUUAUUUGUGUUAAAAUGUAAAAUUUAUGACAGAAUGUGACAAAAUCACUUUAAAACAUUAAGUAAUAAAAAAGUCAACCAGAAGAGAAUGUAUUCUUGAAAGUGAACCGAUGAGAUCACUGUUUGCCCUUAUAAAGGCACGUAAACAUGGUUUUGGAUCCGACCAUGCUGUGUUAUCACAAACGGGGAGGUGGCAAAUAGGCCAGCAAUUCAAAGUCGUGCUUUUGUCUUUGAGGAGCGUUAGUACACCAGCAUAACAUCAAAGUUGUCACAGUAACGCGUCCUCUUGCAGUGUAGCGAUUAUUGGCUUCCCCCCAAAGUCGCUAGUUCAAUGACAUCGCCGAAUUUGAAGAAUUGUUCACUUGUCAUGGGCACUUUCGGAGAGGUGAAGAACGUCGUGGAACAGGCUGAAAAAGACAUGCUGCUGUUGGUGCUGGGAGGCCUCCUGGUGCUCUUCUGCACCGUGGAUGUGUGGUACUUCCUGCGGGGGGCGCAAGUGUUUAUCCAAACCCUGCUCCAGCCUAAGAUACGGGACGUGCUGGCGGAGCAACGGGUGGACGGCGUGGUUCUCCCCCACGACGUGGACUACAAGGGUCACAUGAACAACUCCCGCUACCUACGAGAGUGUGAUUUUGCCCGCUUCCACCACUACAUGCGCAACGGGCUCUUCAUGGCCUUGUGCAGGAUGGGGGCCAAGAUGGUGGUGGGGGCCUCCACCAUCCGCUACCGGCGCUCCUUGGCAUUCGGAGAGGCGUUCGAGAUUCGCACCAGGGUGCUGGGUUGGGACGACAAGGCCUUCUACUUGGAGCAGCGCUUCUUGUCCAAGAAGGACGGCUUCGUGUCGGCCGUAUUGCUCUGCAGGCAGAAUGUGGUGCACAGCAGCCCUGAAAAGAUUGUCGAGUUUGUCUGCAAAAAGAAGAUCGAAUGUCCUCAGCUGGGCGAGGACCUGAAGCACUGGAUCAAUUUCAUUUCAGCCAACAGCCAAGCCCUGAGGGCCGAGAGCGGACUGGAGCAGAAGAAGGACGAAUGAAGGCGCGCACGCAUGUGGUUGGCAGUACAAUCACAAAGACCGUAGUAGAGGGCAGUCACCGGGGCCCGAUGAUAUUCCGCUGGCCUCGUUUCUGCCGUGUAUUAAUUUAUUUUUACGUAUAUGAUGUUACUAAGGGGAUAUGAUGGUGAAACCGAGUGAUAAGUUCACACAGCAACUUGAUCUCCCACAGAGAUCCGUGCAUGGUUGAAACAGGAGAAUGUUUGUGUGACUGAUUAGUUAGUUGUACAAUACUUGAUACAAAAGAAGAAGAGAGGAAAUAAACCACACAAAAAGCAACUUUCAUGUGUUACCAUAAAGGGAUCAUCUGCUUUAUUUGAAGGCUGACUUGAACGUACAACGGGAGUUGUAGUUAAAGCCGUUAACGUAAUGUUGCAGGCAACUUUGGAAGACAAUACAUAAAGAAUAUGAAUGAUUUUUAAACCUUGCACUUCAUCUUCUGACCAAAAUAAUGUUUGUAUUUUAAUUAUCAAUGUUGAGAUGUAUGUACGAAUGUUAUUUGUUUUUUAAUGCACUGAUUCAGUCGUGGUGGGGAGAGUUGCAUUGCUGUUAGGUUCCUCUUAAGUUAUUUAUGGAAUAGUUGUAUUUAAAAUGGCAUUCUCAAAUAAAAAUGCACUCCCGCCCUUGAGUGGCUCUUCA